AUGGAGGAGAAGACAGAGCCCGGCAGACACUUACGUAUAUUCUGUUACAGGGGAUGGGACUAUUUGGCCUCUCAGAGGAUGAUUCAUCGUGAUCUGGCUGCUCGUAACAUCUUAGUCACAGAGAAUUACCGCGCUAAAAUAACCGACUUUGGCCUGGCUCAUGUACUCGAUGACAAAGAUUAUUACAGGAUGAACAAAAAGCACUCGUUACCCAUAUCUUAUUUUGCUCCUGAAUCUUUGGUAAAGAAAACCUUCACAGAGAAAGGUGACGUGUGGAGUUACGGAGUCUUGCUGUGGGAGAUUUUUACAUUGGGAGAUAAGCCUGAUUUGGUCAGCGGAAAGGACUGCGAGGCAGUGGAUAGAUGGACUAUGCUCUACGAGGGGUUACGAAAAGGCACACGUUUACGCCGACCAGAGCACUGCCCAGACAUCGCCUGGCAACUUAUCACAGAUAAAUGCUGGGCAUUUGAAGGUGAGGACAGAUCAACCUUCAAGGAGAUUGCUGACUUUCUGCAUACUCAUAGGAACUGGAAUCCAGGGCCCAGUUGUUGAAAAGUGUAUUAAGACUUAAGCCAGGUAUUAACUUUAGUCCAUACUAUAGUGCCAUUUACGUUGUAUUAGGUUGAGACUGGUAGAAAGUUAGUUUCUAUAAUGACCCAUGUCAAAUGGUUUUUUGUUUUCAGUCUCCUCUUUCAGCCAGCUUGGUUACCUUGUGAACUGGCUUAAUCAGAUAGCUUGUUGCCUUGUGGGCUGGCUUGUCAAGUUAAUGUAGCUUGGUUACCAUGUCAUAUGGUUUAUCAUGUUACUCUACUUUGUCAGCCAGCUUGGUUACCUUGUGAACUGGCUUAAUCAGAUAGCUUUGUUGCCUUGUGAGCUGGCUUGUCAAGUUAAUGUAGCUUGGUUACCAUGUCAUAUGGUUUAUCGUGUUACUCUGCUUUGUCAGCCAGCUUGGUUACCUUUUGAGCUGGCUUAUUGUGUUACUCUGCUUAGUCAGCCUGGUUACCUUUUGAGCUGGCUUAUCGUGUUACUCUGCUUAGUCAGCUUGGUUACCUUUUGAGCUGGCUUAUUGUGUUACUCUGCUUAGUCAGCUUGGUUACCUUUUGAGCUGGCUUAUUGUGUUACUCUGCUUAGUCAGCUUGGUUGUCUUUUGAGCUGGCUUAUUGUGUUACUCUGCUUAGUCAGCUUGGUUGUCUUCUGAGCUGGCUUAUUGUGUUACUCUGCUUAGUCAGCUUGGUUACCUUUUGAGCUGGCUUAUUGUGUUACUCUGCUUAGUCAGCUUGGUUGUCUUUUGAGCUGGUUUAUCCAAUUAGCUUUGUUUUGCUGCCAGCUUUUUUGUAAGAAAGAAUUAGUGCAUCUACCCUGAAAACAGGGCAACAAAGUUUAAUCAAGUGUCAAGUCAUACCUAAGACUAUAAAAACUGGAAAUCUUGAAAGUGCUGUGAAUGGUAAGACAACUUACAUGUAUAUGUAUUUAUGUUAUUCCAGGUGCUAAAUUGCAGAAACUUUGCGUGUAUGUUGUGAAUGCAGUGUAAUGUUUAUCAUAUCUAGCUGGUGAUAUAAUUUAAGCUGUUUGUGACUUGUUUUUUUAAUUUCUGUUCUGUUUCUUGUGCCUGAAGUUCUUUCUGGUGCACGUAAGCUUACAUAUAUGUGUAUGUUAGACAAAACAUGGUUUGUGCUAAUUGUGUCUGAAGGCAUAUAUAUUGUAACAGUGCAUAUAUAUGUGUGUUAGACAAAACAUGGUUUGUGCUAAUUGUGUCUGAAAGCAUACAUAUUGUAAUAGUACAUCUAUGUGUGUGUUAGACAAAACAUGGUUUGUGCUAAUUGUGUCUGAAGGCAUACAUAUUGUAAUAGUACAUCUAUGUGUGUGUUAGACAAAACAUGGUUUGUGCUAAUUGUGUCUGAAGGCAUACAUAUUGUAAUAGUACAUCUAUGUGUGUGUUAGACAAAACAUGGUUUGUGCUAAUUGUGUCUGAAGGCAUACAUAUUGUAAUAGUACAUCUAUGUGUGUGUUAGACAAAACAUGGUUUGUGCUAAUUGUGUCUGAAGGCAUACAUAUUGUAAUAGUACAUCUAUGUGUGUGUUAGACAAAACAUGGUUUGUGCUAAUUGUGUCUGAAGGCAUAUAUAUUUUAACAGUGCAUAUAUAUGUGUGUUAGACAAAACAUGGUUUGUGCUAAUUGUGCCUGAAGGCCAAUAUAUUGUAAGUGGUUAACAGAACGUGUGUGUUAACCAAAAAGUGGUUUGUGAUAAUUAUCUCUGGGGGCUAGAAGUGUGUUUGUGAUAAUUAUCUCUGGGGGCUUGAAGUGGUUUGUGAUAAUUAUCUCUGGGGCUAGAAGUGGUUUGUGAUAAUUAUCUCUAGGGGCUUGAAGUGGUUUGUGAUAAUUAUCUCUGGAGGCUUGAAGUGGUUUGUGAUAAUUAUCUCUGGGGGCUUGAAGUGGUUUGCGAUAAUUAUCCAUGCAGGCUAGGAGCGGUUUGUGACAGUCAUUAGAAUUGUGCCUGAAAAUUGCUUAAGCCAUUUAUCGUGCAUGUUUGUUUACAUGUGUGCCAGGGCCCAGUUGUUGAAAAUUGUAUUAGCUAAUACUUGUGUUAAGUCAUAUAUUAUGUUGAAAAUUUUGGCCGAAUUCAGGAGUUAAUGCUGUUGUCUAAAAUCAAAGUAUAACAGCAGCAGAUUUAGUUCAUAUUUAAGCUACUGUUACUCAAUUAUUUUUUAGUUAAGCAAAAAAUGAAACUUGGUUUAACUUUAAAGAUAAAUACGGUAUUAAAGAGCCAUUCCGGUGCACACAUAUUUCAGGGCAAAAUUGCUAGUAUGCUACAUGGGUACAUAGUAUGUUCAAACGGUUAUCACGCAGAUAUGAUAAACUUCCUGGGCAAUUCAAAGACCCUGUAGUGCAAUUCAGUGCAAAAACCAAAAUGUUCUGUCAUUUCGGUACAAAUUCCUGGUAUGACGUCAUAUUACCCCAUUUGACGCUAGUAUAUGACAUCACAAAACUCCAACUGACGUCUCCUGCUCAGAAGGCCACGUCAUCUGUGAAUGAGCUAUAGUGUGAUUGAAAACGCUGUGGAUUACGUCACUUCAGGCUAAAAUGACGUUGAUCCAGGAAAACAAAGUCACAUGUGGAAUUUGUAUGGAAAUGGCUGAAAAUUAUGCACUCGGUGUUAGUAGGACUUUUUGAAGAUCUGAGAAAAUUCAUGCAUGGUAUAUGCAAUAAUGCAUGUUGUGCUGGACAGGAUACCUUUCUUCUUCAAUCUAUCAAUAGAAGAGUCUUGGCUGAACUGGCUCUUUAAGUCUCAUCACAGUUUUGAACAACCGUGCCCUGUUCAGUCCACGAGUGCGUGUAAUGUUACUGGUACGUGUUUCAGAGGUCUGUAUGUUGUUUAAUAGUGGUCUUGGAGUUGUCAAAGAAGGAAAAAGACUGUAGAAAAAUCACUCAGUACUUCCUUUUUUGAUAUGCUUUUUUUGUCUCCAUUAAUAGUUGCUUUAUAAAUUAUACUUAUACAAGGAGUUGUGAAAGAACCUAAUGGUGGCCCUUGACACCUUAAAUAAGGGGAAUGAUUCCAUUUGAAAGCAGUACUUUAACUGACCAUAGUUUCAGUUUUAAGUAUACUGUUUACAUGUAAAUAUUGUUGGGCUACCCAGAUGUUUGGUGUUUUUUAAUAUAUAUGUCAUAAAAGAUUAUUUUGUUAUAUAGCAUCCAUUUUUGACAAAUCUCAGAAUAAUCAAUAUGGUGCAUACAGUUAUUGCAAAGCAGAGAAAAAUCCUUUUGGCUGAUGGAGUGCUGGACCUAGACACGUUAAAUCAGGAUUUCGGUCAAACCAGUGCUUUAAUCAGCCACAGUUUAAUUUUAUGGAAUUUUCAUGACCAGAACAAUCAUGUUGACCUACCGGAAAAGAAAAAUCAUUUUUAUGUCUGACUAAAAAAAAAAAAAGAAAUUGUUGCUUAUGAGCAUGUAUGUCUAUGAAAUUGGCAUGUAUUUGCCUUACUCAUUCAUGCUUUAUCAUGUUUUGUUCUUGUUUGGGUUUUUGUGUACAAUUAUGAGUGAAUUUACCAUUGCUCAUUUUAUCAGUAAGCUUGCUGUUCUAGUCAUUAUAUCCUCUGUAUAAAUAGACAUUGGCUAGGUUUUGAAUAUACACAUAUAUUUGAAUACAUUACUGAUCUGUCACCUGAUUACUUUUAACUUUUGCUCAGAAGACAGAAUUCUGUGAAGAGUAUGUGAGAAAUAUUACAUGAACAUCACGUAAACAUUUAUAAUUAAGACGUAGAAAGGAACUGUUAAUUGUUACAUGAUAAUUAUCACCAUUACAUUAAUGUUGUGUUCAUUGUAUGAUUGGCUACACACCACAUAUCCAGAUAGUCUAAAAGUGCUAGCUGUUGCGUAGAGAAGUCAAGUUCAAUUUCCCUGGUGAAAUAUACCACAAAUAACUGUUUUGUAUGAUGUUGAAAGCAAAUUGUUUGCUCAUCUGUCUGAUUUUUAUUGUACAUGUGAAGUUUUACAUGUAUGAUUAAUAAAUCUAUUUUGGUAUC